CCCCGCGCCGCCGCCGCUGCCGCCGCCGCCGCCGCCGCGCCGGGGCUUGAGGGCGGGAGGCUGGGGGAGGGUAGCGGAGCCGGCGCCGCCGCCAUGUUGGGUCUAAGGCGGCUGCUGUAGGCGCCGACGGAGCGAGCGGGCGUGCGGAGCGACGACAGCGGCGCGGGAUCUGCCUCUCGGCGAGCGGCCCAGAGCGGCGGCGGCGGCGGCGCCAUGAGCGGGGGCACCCCUUACAUCGGCAGCAAGAUCAGCCUCAUCUCCAAGGCGGAGAUCCGCUACGAGGGCAUCCUCUACACCAUCGACACCGAGAACUCCACCGUAGCCCUCGCCAAAGUUCGAUCCUUUGGUACAGAAGACAGACCAACAGAUCGUCCAAUACCACCUCGAGAUGAAGUCUUUGAAUACAUUAUUUUCCGAGGGAGUGAUAUUAAAGACCUCACUGUUUGUGAGCCACCGAAACCACAGUGUUCUUUGCCUCAAGAUCCAGCUAUCGUUCAGUCUUCAUUAGGUUCAUCUGCUUCUUCAUUCCAGUCAGUGGGUUCUUACGGUCCUUUUGGCAGGAUGCCGACGUACAGUCAGUUCAGUCCGAGCUCAUUAGUCGGGCAGCAAUUUGGUGCUGUUGGUGUUGCUGGAAGCUCCUUGACAUCCUUUGGAACAGAAACAUCAAACAGUGGUACCUUAUCCCAAAGUAGCGCAGUUGGUUCUGCCUUUACACAGGAUACAAGAGCUCUAAAGACACAGCUAUCUCAAGGUCGUUCAAGCCCUCAGUUAGACCCUUUGAGAAAAAGCCCAACCAUGGAACAAGCAGUACAGACCGCCUCCGCCCACUUACCUGCUCCAGCACCUGUUGGGAGAAGGAGCCCUGUAUCAACCAGGCCUUUGCCAUCUACCAGCCAAAAAGCAGUAGAGAAUCAAGAGCACAGGCGAGCCGAAGUACACAAAGUUUCAAGGCCAGAAAAUGAGCAACUCAGAAAUGAUAGCAAGAGACAAGUUGCUCCAGGUGCUCCUUCAGCUCCAAGAAGAGGGCGUGGGGGUCAUCGAGGUGGCAGGGGAAGAUUUGGUAUUCGGCGAGAUGGUCCAAUGAAAUUUGAGAAAGACUUUGACUUUGAAAGUGCGAAUGCACAAUUUAACAAGGAGGAGAUAGACAGAGAGUUUCAUAAUAAACUUAAAUUAAAAGAAGAUAAACUUGAGAAACAAGAGAAGCCCGUAAAUGGAGAAGAUAAAGGAGACUCGGGAGUCGACACCCAGAACAGUGAAGGAAAUGCUGACGAAGAGGAUCCGCUUGGACCUAAUUGCUACUAUGACAAAACCAAAUCCUUCUUUGAUAACAUUUCUUGUGAUGAUAAUAGAGAACGAAGACCAACUUGGGCUGAAGAAAGAAGAUUAAAUGCUGAAACAUUUGGAAUCCCACUUCGUCCAAACCGUGGCCGUGGUGGGUACAGAGGCAGAGGAGGUCUUGGUUUCCGUGGUGGCAGAGGGCGUGGCAGUGGCAGAGGUGGUACCUUCACCACCCCUCGAGGAUUUCGUGGUGGAUUCAGAGGAGGUCGAGGGGGCAGGGAGUUUGCAGAUUUUGAAUACAGGAAAGACAACAAAGUUGCUGCAUAGUCUACAGACAAGUCUUUGAAAAUAGGUGAAUUUCUAGCUCUUCGUGGUCCUGAAAUUGGCUUCAGUCUUUGCAAAGAAUGAAGAAGUGGAUUCGCUGUGUAUCUUUCACCAGCACUGGGUUCUGUUCGUUUGUUUUUCUGCUUAAUUUCAAAGAUAAAAUGCAGUUACUUUUGGGGGGAGGAACGCUCAUCUUUAAAAAUGAGCAUUAAAUAUGUUUGGAAUAGCAAAAGGUUAAGUAAUUUCUUUUGUAUAGUUAAACUAAAGCAGUACUUAAUGGGACUUACGAGUAUUUUUUCAUCACUGAAAGGAUUUUUUUUAUCACUAAAUUGUAUUUGGCAAUUACUGCAAGUUGCCUGCAGAUAGGGCCGUGAUACUGUGUUUUGAGCCACAGAAGGUUGUGUGUGCGCGCGCGUGUGUGUUUCUAUAUCUUCUUUCUUUUUGGAAAUCCUGUAAUAUGAGGUAGCUUAUUUCGUCAAUUAAUUAGGGUGCUGGAUGGUAGAGAAUUUUGUCAGUCAACUAUGUACACACAGUAAAUACUGUUUCUUAGGCAAAGGUAACUUUUUUAUAUAGUUGUAAAAUUCCAUUAUAUUCCAUUGCCAAAGAAACAUUAAGAACUUUGUAUAGCUGUAUAAAAAGCAACUAAUUUUUUAAAGAAUAAACAUUUUAAAGUCGGCAAA